GCAGCUGUCUCGGCCGCCAAAAACACCGAGCAGCGCGUCGGCGGCGAGGAGGCGAAGAAGAAGUUCACGCGCAUCGAUGCGUUUGAAGGCAUCUACUCGUUUCUGUCGCUGGACGAGCCUUGUUCUGUUCACUUCGGCAGCUCCUUUCACCAUUCGGCGAGGCAUGCGCUGUUGGCCGCCCAGUACCCUGACGCUUCCGACCAGCUACAGGCACCCGAGGCUCUUGAGCUGUCGGCGGCCCUGAAGCUCGUUGAAAGCGAGCAGGAGACGGUGGACUGGAGCCACAAUGCAAAGCUCAAGGCGAUGGAGCGCAUCCAGCGUGACAAAUUCCAGCGGUGCGAAGAAUUCCGUAAGAAGCUGAAAGAGACCGGCGACAGAGAUCUGGUGUGGGAAAACGAUGAGGAUACCUUCUGGGGGUCCACCAAAGGACGUGGACAAAAUCACCUGGGCAGAAUCCUCACGGAGAUCCGGGCCAGCAUCCAAGACGAGACAGACUUCGCUUCCUGGCUUUUCCUCUGCUGCCAGCUCGAAAGCGACGCCGUCCGAUGGCCGCCGGUGGAGCUGGUCGAGUGCAAGGUUCAUCGUCUGAACGGCAAGGAGUAUUUCAAGUUCGGAAAGCUUCUUCCUCAGCCCGUGCACGAGAG